CACCGAUCAAUGGAAAGAGCCAAAGAUGUAGGCUCGGUCAUGUAAUCAGCUGUGUCCAAUCACAGCUGAUCACAUGGGACAUGUACAUUGAUCAUCAGGGCACUGAUGAUCAGUGUGCCCUGAUGAUCUAUGUUGCCCCAGCAGUGCCACCUGUCAGUGUCCAUCAGUGCUAGCUGUCAGUUUCUCAUCCAUUCCACCUGCCAGUGCCCAUCAGUGCCACAUCAAUGCCAUAUUUCAGUGCCUACCAGUGCACAUCAAUGCCACAUCAGUGCCCAUCUGAGCUGCCUUUCAGUGUCACCCAUCAGUGCCACCUAUCAG